AUGGCGGGCUGCAGGCGGCUGAGCGGCUCGAGCCUGCGCGAGGUGCUGGGGGAGGCGGAGGGGGUGCUCUUCGACUGCGACGGGGUCCUGUGGACCGGAGAGCGCGCGGUGCCCGGCGCGGCGGAGCUGCUGGAGCGCCUGAGCCGCCACGGGAAGGCCACCCUCUUCGUCUCCAACAACAGCCGCCGCUCGGUGGCCGAGCUGGAGCGCCGCUUCUCCCGCCUGGGCUUCCGCGGGGUCCGAAGCGAGCAGGUCUUCAGCUCCGCGCUCUGCUCCGCGCUCUUCCUGCGACAGCGUCUCCUCCUCGGGGGCGAAGCCGGUGCCGCCGGGGACCCCUCCGCCUCGGCCCCCGGCCCCGUCUUCGUGCUGGGCGGCGAAGGGCUCCGCGGGGAGCUGCGCGAUGCGGGGCUGCGCCUGGUCGGGGAGGAAGAGGAGCCGCAGGAGCAGGCCCCGGUGUGCGCUGUCGUCGUCGGCUACGACGACCAGUUCACCUUCGCCAAGCUCUCCGAGGCCUGCGCCUACCUGCGCGACCCGCAGUGCCUGCUCGUGGCCACCGACCCGGACCCCUGGCACCCGCUGAGCGAUGGGCAGCGCACUCCCGGAACUGGGAGUCUCACUGCCGCAGUUGAAACAGCAUCUGGGCGCAAGGCGAUGGUAGUUGGGAAGCCAAACACCUACAUGUUUGAGUGCAUUGUGGAGCGCUUUGGUGUGGAUCCAUCCCGCAUGCUCAUGGUGGGUGACCGACUGGAGACAGACAUCCUGUUCGGCAAGAACUGUGGCCUCGAUACGGUCUUGACCCUGACAGGUGUUUCACGCCUGGAGGAGGCACAAGCUUACAUGGCCAGCGACAGCCCUGCUGCAAAGGACCUGGUGCCUCAUUACUAUGUGGACAGUAUUGCAGACUUGAUACCAGGCCUGGAUGAGUAAGAGGGAAUGUGGGUGGACAGAGGGUCCUAGUCCCUUUCCAGAUUGCCACUCUUUCCUAUUGAAGUCUCUCUCUCUCCCUCCCUCCUUGAUUUUGGGUUUAUCACAUUCCAGUGUUUGUUGGGCAGGAAUAGAGAAGGGUUACUUCCCCCUUUAUUCUUGGAGGUCGUUCCAUUUUCAUUUUAACACGAAGUAAGGGAACAAGGGGUCAUAUGUAAAAAAAAUAUAUUUCCGGACAAAGCCAAUAUUUAUUUAUUUAUUUAUUUAUUCAUUCAUUCAUUCAUUUUGCCCUUCUCUUGGUGUAGUAGAGCUACAUUAUUUAUUUGAAUUAUUUUUGUUGUUCUUUAGCCACUAGGGGCCUUUACCGUUGUCCUCUGCAUUAUUUUGAAGCACCACAGUGUGCUUUUUGUGGUAUUUGUUGUUCUGAAGCUUUAAUGAGGCAACAUUUGUACCAGUGUUGUUUUUACUUAAUCACGGCUGCCAUUACAUGCUAGUGUCAAAAUUUCUUGUUCCAGGACUCUGGAAACAUUAAAGGGGGACCAUCAGAAAGCCAAGUCAGAAGUAACAUUGCAUCCCAAAAUAUUGGAUCUUGGGAUAAUUCCUUUGGGGGACACUUUUUAUCAAAUCUGUAUGGUUUGCUUAAAAUUGAUGCAAGUAGAGGCGAGCUGUUUCAGUGAGUCUGCUCUAUGGCAUAAUUUCUAAGCAAGCUGCACAUAGGACACAUUCAUACAUUACAGUGUUUCUGUAUGCAUCCACAGGGAUUGCUGUGAAAGGUCCUGCAAGGCUUGCAUUCUCAGCUGGCUCAGUCAGAUGCAACUCCAGGGUUGCUGAACUUGGGUUCUGUACAAUUCAUUAAACUGCGAAUAAAAUAUGAAUGAAUGUUUUAAUGUCAUGUCAUCUUGAGAGGUUUCUUAGGUAACAGAAUUUUUAUCACUCCUGUUUAAUUUUGAUAUAUUGGGAGAGGACUGCUAUUGUAAUGAAAUAGUGAACUAUUUUUGUGCCAUAAUGUUCUGAACUGGUUGUCACUACUUCUCAGUAAUCUUCCAGCAAUAGUUUCCAAACACUCUGACUACACAGAGGCAGAAAUACAUCCAGGUUUUUACCCCCCUUCCUUGACUGGGUAGACCAGUAAAACACUUCAGAAAAUCAUUUAGCUCCUGUCUGUUCCUGGUGUAUGGUGAGGGAUGAACCACUUGGUCCACUGUCUCUCUAUCCUACUCCAGGGUGUUUGGUUUGUGGGAUAGUGUUGGCAUUUCCAGUUCUGUGAGUGUGCCACAGCCUCCAGAAAUCAGUCCUUGCCGCUUGUCUUUUUGUUUAAAAUGUAUUUAUUACAGUGUUUGUAUAAAUUAUGCUGCUCAAUUGUGCCAAGGUGUGAAUGUAGCCUCUGAGCCUACUCACUACUUGUACCUCGUUGUUGUUGUUGUGGUUUUCUGACAGUUGCUGUCAUUCUGCAUAUAAUAAAGUACAGGCGUGAGAUGGAACUGGGUUUCUCAUUCGACUA